UGUGGGUGUAAUCUCACUGCUCAGGCCUGUGAAAGUUUGUCUUCAGCUCUUCAGUCAUCAAACUGUGUCCUGAGAGAGCUGGACCUGAGUAACAACGACUUGCAGGAUUCAGGAGUGAAGCUUCUUUCUUAUGGACUAAAGAACUGUAAGCUGGAGAUCCUGAGGCUUUGUGGGUGUAAUCUCACUGCUCAGUCCUGUGAAAGUUUGUCUUCAGCUCUUCAGUCAUCAAACUGUGUCCUGAGAGAGCUGGACCUGAGUAACAACGACCUGCAGGAUUCAGGAGUGAAGCUUCUUUCUGAUGGACUAAAGAACUGUAAGCUGGAGAUACUGAGGUUGUCUGGCUGUAUGGUGACAGAGGAAGGCUGUGGUUAUUUGUCUUCAGCUCUGAGUUCAAACCCCUCACACCUGAGAGAGCUGGAUCUGAGCUACAAUCACCCAGGAGAUUCAGGAGUCAAACUGCUCUCUGAAAAACUGGACGAUCCAAACUGCUCACUGGACAAACUCAAUGUUGAUCAUGGAGGAGAAUCCAGGAUUACAGCAGGACUGAAGAAAUAUGCCUGUUUUCUCACACUGGAUCCAAACACAGCAAACACUGAACUCAGUCUGUCUGAGGAGAACAGAACAGUGACACGUGUGAGAGAGAAUCAGUCGUAUCCUGAUCAUCCAGACAGAUUUGAUUAUUAUCCUCAGGUGUUGUGUAGAGAGAGUGUGUGUGGACGCUGUUACUGGGAGAUUGAGUGGAGUGGAGAUGUGUGUGUAUAUCAGUGUCAUAUAAGAGCAUCAGCAGGAAGGGACGGGGUGAUGAGUGUCUGUUUGGAUAUAAUGAUCAGUCCUGGAGUUUGUUCUGCUCUCCUGACAGAUACUCAUUCAGACACAAUAACAUAGAGACUGAUCUCCCUGUGAAGCCCAUCAUCAGUAGAAC